AUGAGCGUUUGGCCCUCUAUGGAUCAGCCGCGUGCGCCUUUCGGGAAGUAUGAAGUCCACUUUGACGAUCUCGAGCAAAAAACGGACGGAAAGAUCUCCGCGGAACUCAGCAAUCUGAAGAACAUUCUUAUUGCGCUACCUAACAAGUUCAACGAUGCGGCCAACGCCAUAACAACAGCCAGUGCUCACAAGGCACGCUCGAAAAUGCAAUUGGAGCAACUGGAUGAUUUAGGCCAUCUUAUGCCGGAAAUGGUUCAUGACACAGCUUUCAGACAACACCUGAAGAACGAAUCCGAACGAGAUUUCCAUGAGUUCAUGGACAUACGGAAGCAAUGGGACACUAUGGCUUACGACACAAGAGACGGGAUCGCGGAAAGGGUGUUGUUAUUGCUGGAGGCGAUCAUUGAAAAUGCGUCGACUGAAGCAGAGAAGGUUCUUCAACAGAAGUUGAAAGAAGCGAGAAACGAACUCAGCGAAUUGGGAUCAGCAUCUGCCGCUAUGAUCCAAGGACUACUGAGCGAAAGAGAAGAAACAGCACGAGAGGUAGCAAAGGAUAAGGCCACCAUCGCCAAGAACGAAAAAGCCUGGAGACAGGAGUAUGAAGAGAUCAAGAAAGAGUCCAAGAGAGACCUACAACAGCGGGUUGAAGAACGCGUACGUGACGAGAAAGUCAAACUCGCCGAUCGUCUGGGCAAAGCAGAGGCUAAAGCUUCCCGUUACGCUAAGGUUCUUGAGGAGAAGGAAGCUUUGGAAGCAAGAGCUUUGCAAGAAAGCCGGGAGAAAGCGCUGCUCAAGCAAGCGAAGCUAGAGUGGGAACAGAAGUAUAAGGAACGAGAUGACGAGGCAAAGGCUGUGCAACAAGGCUACGACCAACUCAGCAACGACAUCCAAGCUCUCCAAACAGAGAAUGCGGUACUCCACGCAGAUCACGACGAGUUGAAGAAGGAACACGAACCACUACCCGAAGAACACAAGCCCAACACUGAGCAACGCCAAAUUGACCUACUUGCGAUUACACAUCCAGACGUCUCACCGACGACAGCGUCCGAUCGACAAGCCGCGGAGCUUCAGCAUCUAGACGGCCUCGUAGCCAUCUGGCAGACCGCUCUCGAGAAUGCGACUGCGGAGAUGAAUGAAUCAGUUGGCAGGAAGGAGGCGCUCGAGGUAAAGAUUCGAGAAGCCGAGAAGCAGCUGGAAAAGUUGAAGCCCGCUCCCACGCAGCAGUCUUCUCGCGGAUCGAACGUGAAGAGCAGGCCCGAGGGCGCGCGCAAGAAGGAGCAAGCUGCUGUCAACGAGAAAGCAGUUGAUGGUGACGUACUACAACCAUCCGUCAAUACACCUGGAGGGCUUCCCAAAGUUCGUGUGGCAGCGGAAGCUUUCCCUGCCCUGAGCUCUCCAGCGGUACCCCAAACUAUCCCGUCGACCACCUGGAAGAGCCUUCGUCUCGUCGGCAUCCCGAAAGAAGAUACUGGAAGCGCUCGGAAGAAGUCUGGCUAA